CUGCUCAGCCACAGGCUCCCAAAUUAAUAUGCUCUAAUCACAUAAGCAUAUACCAUUUUUCCUCCAUCUACAAACCAAAUGGAAAACAGACUAGUUUCUCUUCUCAUUCUCACAGUUUCAAUGCUAUGCUGUACAGGACGAAACUUAGCCACAGUAUAUCGCUGCCAGGACUGCGGCCACACUCCGGUGCCCUACCCGCUAAGCACAUCACCAGACUGCGGAAACCAGCACUACAAAGUCCGAUGCCAUGCAGGGUCACUGUGGUUUGACGCCCUCAACAGCUCAUCAUAUUUAAUCACAUCAAUUAACCCACUAACCCGGCGUCUAAUUAUCCGGCCGCCGGGGUUAGCCAACAACGUUACGUGCAUGUCGGCCGACUUUAAAUCCCAAGGCCUAAUACUUGACGACAACCUCCCUUUCAACAUCACCAGCAGCAACACAGUGAUAGGCAUGAACUGUUCCUAUGAAAUGCUUACUCUCUCGAAAAACUGCUCAUCAAAUAGCUUAUGCCACGACUACAUUAAGCACAACGCAAUGGCUGCCUCCGCUUGCGGGUGCUUCCAGAUUUGUUGUUUAUUCAAGACUGGUGGGUCUACCAAUGCCUACAAAAUUAGGGUUAUGAAGGAAAGGUGUUCGGCUUAUGAGAGUUUUGUCAAUUUGGACUCUUUUUCUGGGCCUUUGAACAGUUGGCCUGAGUCUGGGGUGGAGAUGAUGUGGGAAUCGCCGCGGGAGCCGAUGUGCAAGGUUUCAGUUGAUUGUCGGGGUUUGUCUAACUCGGAGUGUUUGGUAGAUCGGAGUGGACAAAGAAGGUGCUUGUGCAAGACUGGUUUUGAAUGGGACCCCAUCAAUGCAAUAUGUCGAAACCUCAAAUGUCCGAAUUGGAGGCCCUGCAAACUGAGAAUGAAACUAGCUUCAUUCAUUGGAGGCAAGUAUGAUCUUUUCCAUAUUUUCUUCAUAGGCUUGAUCAUUGCUGCCGUUGCAAUGCUACUUGGAGCCUCACUUGCAUUCAUAGUCUACAAGCGACGCGAAAAGAAAAUUGCCAGAGCAGCACAUUUUAGCUUGACCAAGUCCCGGGAAGACAUGUUAAAUGCAAACAAUAAUACCGGAAAAUCAGCCAAGCUCUUCACAGGCAAAGAAAUCACGAGAGCAACCAAAAAUUUUUCCAAAGAUAAAGUUCUUGGUGCCGGUGGCUUUGGUGAGGUCUUCAAAGGUGUUCUAGAUGAUGGAACUAUCACUGCAGUAAAGAGAGCCCAGCCCGGGAACACAAAAGGCAUGGAUCAAAUUCUCAACGAAGUUCGAAUUCUAUGUCAAGUGAGCCAUAGAAGCCUAGUCAGAUUGAUGGGCUGUUGCCUUGAGCUUGAACAGCCACUUUUAAUCUACGAGUACAUUCCAAAUGGUACCCUUUUCGAACAUCUCCAUGGAAAGUACAACACUGCUAAUAGGGUCUCACUCACUUGGCGUAUGAGGCUUACUAUUGCUCAUCAAACAGCUGAAGGACUUGCCUAUCUCCACGAUUCAGUCACGCCACGGAUUUACCACCGCGACAUAAAAUCAAGCAACAUUUUACUCGACAAAAUGCUUAACUCUAAAGUUGCUGAUUUUGGACUGUCAAGACUGGCCGUGGCCGAAUCAAGUCACAUUACAACAUGUGCUCAGGGGUCCUUUGGAUACCUAGACCCGGAGUACUACCUGAACUUUCAACUGACAGAUAAGAGCGAUGUUUAUAGCUAUGGAGUGGUGCUGUUGGAGCUCUUGACUUCUAAGAAAGCUAUUGAUUUUAACAGAGAAGAAGAAGAUGUGAACUUGGUGGUUUAUGUCAAGAACACUUUAAAAGAAGAGAGGCUAAUGGAUGCCGUAGAUCCUAGGCUUAAAGAAGGGGCUGGCAUCGUAGAGCUGGAGACUAUGAAGGAAUUCGCGUCUCUAGCCUUGGCGUGCUUGGAUGAGCGAAGGCAGAACAGACCCUCCAUGAAGGAAGUUGCUGAUGAGAUUCAGUACAUCAUUGGCAUUGUUACAAAUGAGGAUUCAGCAACUUAUUAGAACUUUCAAUGGUAAGAUAGUUUGGCAAUUCCUUUUCAAAUUUAAGGUCAUCAGCAAGCUUUGGAUACGUACAAUCACCUUGACGCACUUUAAAAUAGCAGAACCAAGAUUUUUAGUAAAAUUUUCCUCUUAGUACUUUUUGGUCGAAAUUAGAAAAAUCGGUUGGAUGCAAUUGUAACAUAGGCAAUACCUAACAAAAAUUAAAAUUAACUGAAAGAGUUAAUUAGUUCCUCUUAACAGAAGUAACCAGAGUUGCAGAAAGAAGAAGAAGAAGAAGAAGGA